GCUAGGUGACCGACGCCGCCAGUCUGCAACACACAAAAAUGUUGAAAGCAAAGGGCUUGCAGUCCGUCUGCGCAUCAUGUCGCCUCAACCUCGCGAUCACACGUGCGCGUAAUGCACGAUUGCCACAGUCGACCCUGGCACUGCGACCGGCGCAAGUCAGCUUCGCACAGCAACGAUUUCUUUCAACUACGCUCCGACGACGACAAGACCAGACCCAAGACCCCUCGGCGAGCUCGAACGAACCAUCCCUCGACCCGGCAGUACACAAGUUGAAUAUCGAGGUCAAUGUACGAAAUGCAAGACAGCAGUUCCGCGACUAUUUGCCUCGGGAUCACUUGAGCGCUGAGGAGUUCACACUGUACGAGCGGCUAUACGGAUCGCCGAUACUGGUAGACACAGCGGAAGAGCUGCUGGAGACCAACCAGCCUGGGGAGAUCAUAUCAGAGGAGCUGCCAGAUGGCUCGACGGUGCUUCUAAGGAGAGGCGAAGAUGGCGAGCUCGAGGAGAUUGACCUCAACGAGGAGGAAGAGGCCGAACUGGAGGUGGAGGAUGAAGAUUCUAUGACAACGGACGAAUGGGAGGAGUACAGAGAACAAAAGGCAGCGAAGUUUCACGAGAAGGUGUACCAGCACAGUCGCAACACACAAGAGGAAGCUGAAGAGUGGGAGGAUGAGGAAGUUGAAGAGGACGAGGAAGAAUUCACGCGCACACACCCCCUCACCCUCGCUGGUCGCUUCAAACCGUCGCCGUCAACCAUCUUCCUCCCCAAGGACUCGCUCGUCGACCCCACCGCACAACUCCUCACACGCGCAAACCACAAGCACCUUACCGAGUCGGCCAACCGUCUUUUUGGUGGACCAGGACUGCCCUUCUCUGCAGGUACGACACCAGCGAGGCUCGGCAAGGAGCAGAAGCCUAUUCCACUCGACCCGUCGCAGACCGAGAUGGGCAACAUUGAGGCAGACGCAUACAUGGCGGCUGUGCAACCAGGAACAUAUGCGAGUGUCAUGUGUGCCCUUGUUGAGGUCCGACGCCGACUAGGCACACCGUGGAUAGAACACAUGCUGGCCAAGAAGGGUGGAACAAUUCUCGACGCUGGCUCAGGCGGCGUUGGUGUGCUCGCAUGGCAGGAGAUUCUGAAAGCCGAAUGGGACAGCAAGCACGGAAUCUCAGACGAACCCGCCCCGCAGGAGACCACGUCAGAAAGCGUUCAGCCAGAAAGCUCAUCCCCAGGGCCCGCCCCGAAGAGCAAAGCCACGGUCCUCGCCGGUUCCGACACCCUCCGCCACCGCGCAAGCCGCCUCCUCGAGAACACCACCUUCAUCCCCCGCCUGCCCGAGCACGUCGCCCCCGAACAAGACUCCAAGACCUCGCAGCCGCACAAAGUAUACGACAUCGUCAUCGCCCCCCACACCCUCUGGCCGCUGAAGCAGGAGUACCAGCGCAAAGAACUCGUCUCCAAAUACUGGUCGCUCCUCAACCCCGCCGGCGGCGUACUCGUGAUAAUCGAAAAGGGCCUGCCGCGGGGCUUCGAAGUAGUCGCCGGCGCCCGCGCCAUGCUGCUCUCGCGGCACAUCUCGUCGCCCGACAGCACGACGAUCGAGACGCCGCUGGAAGAACAGCUCUCGCAGCCCGACGUCGACACGCGCUUCAAAGCCAAGGAAACCGGCAUGAUCAUCGCGCCGUGCACCAACCACGCGCCGUGCCCCAUGUACACGGUCCCUGGCAAGAGCCCCGGCCGCAAGGACUUCUGCUUCUUCACCCAGCGCUACAUCCGGCCCCCCUACCUGCAGCGCAUCCUCAACGCCAAAGACCGCAACCACGAGGACGUGCAGUUCAGCUUCCUCGCGGUGCAGCGCGGGCGGGACCAGCGCCUGCCGCAGCACGAUCUGCUCGGUACCGGUGUGCUGCAGAGCGUCGACAGCACCGACGCCGCGUUCGCGGGCCACGAGUGGCUCCCCGACCCGCAGGAUCCGGAGAACCCGGACAUGGUCACGGCGGAGCACGUCAAUCCGCUCGCGCUGCCGCGGCUGAUUCUGCCCGCGCUGAAGCGCAGGGGGCACAUUACGUUUGACGUGUGCACGCCGGCGGGGACGCUGGAGCGGUGGACGGUGCCGCGGUCGUUUAGUCGGCAGGCGUUCCGCGACGCGAAGAAGCUGCGCUGGGGCGACUUGUGGGGGCUGGGCGCGAAGACGAGGAUGGCGAAGUCGGUGCGGUUGGGUAAGCCCGGCGAGGACUUUGAUCGCAAGGGCCGCAUGGUCAGGAAGCCGAAGAAGGUUACUAUCGAGAUUGGUCAGGGCGGCGAGGGCGAGGCUGAUGAUAGAGUCACAUAUGGUGGAAAGAGGUUCGGAGACCGCUCAGGGCGGUACACAAGCGACAGGAAGAUCAGGGGAACUGGCGGCAGGAAGGGGAGGAAGAAGCCUAUUAGCGUUUCCGCCGACGCUCUCGAGUGAUCGAAACGAAAGUGUAGAUUAUUGUGUACAACACGGCAUUGGGCGGCGUUCGUGUUUGCAGUCACUGUACAAACACACCACUGUAAGAUAUCAGUCACGAAGUCAUGAAGAUAGGCUGGAACAAAGGAG